AUGCUCCACACCCUGCGCCACGGCUGCGCCCCCCUCCUACGACGCAGCCUGGCCGGCUCGGCGGCCGGCCGGCCGUUCAGCCUCGGCGCCUCGGCCGUCAUGCAGCAGCAGCAGCAGCAGCAGCAGCAGACCAAGCCCGACGCUGGUGACACCUCCACCGUGGUGUCGCUCCCGCGGUUGAACUUCCGCGAGAUUGCCGAGCGCGUGGACGACAUGCAAGCCAACAUCCAGCAGCGCAACGCCACCGGCGAGCCGGCCCAGGUGGCCUUCCUGUAUCGGGCCUUCGUCGAGGCCCAGUACAAUGAGCAGACCCUGCGCAACCGGUCGAAUGUCCUGAGCCGGUGCCUGGCCGAUGUGGCGGUCCAGGCGCGGCGCCUGCCGCCGGUCACCGGGGCUGCCCCCUCGGCGGAGGCGGUGGCCGAGGCGGCCGCCACGGCCGAGCGCUAUUUCGCCCUGCCCCCAUACACCGAAGCGGCCGAGGUGGCGGCCGCCCGGGCGGCGUACCUGGAGCAGCUGGCCCGCGUGGGCGCGGCCGCCGUGCGGCAGUUCCUCAUCGAGGCGGGCCGCGACACCAAGCACCGCCUUGGCCAGCAGUCGCACGAGCGCCAGUCGGUCCUCGAGCGGCUGGCCCCCAUGGCCCUGGAGUUGCCGAAUUGGACGCACCCGGACUCGCCGCCUGGCGGGGCCGGGCCGCGCGAGGUGGCCCUUGUCGGGACCCCCUCCCGGCCGGCCGGCGCGCCGGACCACCUGCAGAUCGGCGAGAAACUCGACCUCUUCGACUUCCAGCGCGCGGCGCAAAUCAGCGGCUCGCGCUUCUACUUCCUGAAGAAUGCCGCGGCCCUGCUGGAGCUGGCGCUGGUCAACUACGCCAUGUCGCGCGCGGUGCAGGCCGGCUUCACGCCAUACACCACGCCGGACCUGGUGUACUCGUCGGUGGCCGCCGGGUGCGGGUACCAGCCGCGCGGGGAGGCCAGCCAGCUGUACUCGAUCGCCGGGCCGCAUGGGAAUGCCUCGCCGACGCACUGCCUGGUCGGCACGUCGGAGAUCCCGCUGGCCGGCAUGCACAUGAACAGCAUCAUCCCGGAGGCCGAGCUGCCCAUCCGCCUGGCGGCCGUGUCGCACUGCUUCCGGCGCGAGGCCGGGUCCUAUGGGCAGGAGUCGCGUGGCCUCUACCGGGUCCACCAAUUCACCAAGGUGGAGAUGUUUGCCUUCACGCGUCCGGACGAUUCGGGCCGCGCGCUGGACGAGCUGGUGGAGCUGCAGCGCGACCUCUUCGACGGGCUGGAGCUGCACUACCAGGUGCUGGACAUGCCGCGGGAUGACCUCGGCGCGGCGGCCUAUCGCAAGUACGACAUCGAGGCGUGGAUGCCCGGGCGCGGGUCCUUCGGCGAGGUGUCCAGCGCGUCCGACUGCACGGAUUACCAGAGCCGGCGGUUGAAUAUCCGCUACCGGCCGGAGGAGGCGCCCGGGCCUGCCACCCCGGAGGCCGGGGGGCCGGCGGCGCCGGCCGCCGGGCCGGGGCCGCUGCCCUUCGUGCACACGGUCAAUGGCACGGCGUGCGCCGUGCCGCGCGCCAUCGUCGCCCUGCUGGAGACCCAUGUGGACCUGGAGUCGCCGACCAUGCGCGUGCGCAUUCCCGAGCGCCUGCGCCCCUUCAUGUUCGGCAUGCGCUACAUCGAGACGCCGGUUCCGCCGCGGCGCCCGGACACCGUGGCCGCCAAUGAGGCUCGGCUCCAGGCCGACCCGUGGACUCGCGACACCUGAGUGCCGGCUGCCGCCGGAGGGCUCCCCCGGGG